AUGUUAACACAAACAAGAACCUAUGCAAAUGAAGACAUUUUCUUCAUUGGUGACUAUCAUAGCAAGUUUACUACAUCAACACUAGCUUCCCAAGGUGUUGGCCUGGUCGAAUCAUGCAAAAAUGCAUUAGAUGAAACAGAUUAUUCCGAAGUUGCGACAUUGAUGUAUAAAAUAGGGAAUAUGAUCAAGUCAACCAAUGUUAAUAAGGACAUUAUGAUCUUCUUCAUCAAUACUGCCUCAGAACUCCUUACACAAUCCAUUCCGAAGAGGUUACUUAUAAACUCGCUUUGGUUUCUCACUCAGGCUUUCAUACAUUGCAACAACAUCUUCAUGAACACUGUUAGCAUGGAAAGCCUCAUUGUUACUCUCCUUUCCAUUGAAGAAACUGAUUCAGGAGUCAAAAGAAGUUUGAUCAUCUUAAUUUCAAACUUAGUCACGAAGAAAGAAGCGAUACAAGCCAUAAUAGAGUCAAUAAACCCAGAAGUACUGAUCCAGUUCCUUACAAACUACGAAAAUUUGGAAGAAUUAAAUCAAUUCUUAAGAAAUCUCUUCAGAAUUGGUUUAAAUGAAGAAUUGUUCUCAGUCAUACUUGAUUGGAUGCAGAACCAUGUUGAAUUCGAUGUAAUUGUCGAUUGUUUGUCAAUAUCUGCAAAAUUUAUUGACAAUUUGACAUCAUUUCUCGAAGAGCAUGGAAUAAUCAAGUCAGCAAAGGAUACAUUAGAAGUCUGUAGUUCCAAAACUGUUAGUUCAUGUUUCAGAAUCCUUGGAAUUGGCCAAUCCAUGAAAAUUUCCGAUUUCAACAUCGGAACAUCGAAGAACAUGAAUGACAAUACAGUUCUAACAGGUGUCUGGGCACUGAUCAACUCAUCAAACAUAGGUGAUGAAGAAAUUAUUUCUGAAUUCAUGAUAAACAUUGUCCAAACAAUUAUUCUCAAUGAAAGUAGAUCAUACAAGUGUAGACAAAUGUCUGCUUUCUUAGUCAGCAAAUAUAUCUACUACUGUGGUGAAUCAACACAAGAUGUAUUGAAAAUUCUUGCUCAGUUUGCAAACAGUGAACCAUCAAAUGCAGAAAUAACUGCUUCUAUUCUUAAUUCUAUUGUUGAAUGCGAAUUAUGUGAGGAAAUGUUCGAAUUCCUCGGUGAAAGCAUUGAAGAUAUUUUGGCUGCAUCAGAGAACCAGAACUUGAGUGAAGCGGCAUCUAGAUACAUCGAACAAUUAGAGAAAAAUGAUUAA